UUCUCCUCAUCCCUCGAUAUAACGACAAAAGAUAGUUCACGAUGGGUCAAUCACCGUCCCAAUUUAUGGAGGACAUGGAGAAGAAGUCCAACUUCACCCAGCCAGAGUUGGAGCGGCUAAAGAAACGAUUCAUGAAACUUGACAGCGACGGCUCGGGAUCCAUAGAUCGCGAAGAGUUUCUGCAAAUACCACAAAUCGCAACAAACCCCCUCGCGUCACGGAUGAUAGCGAUCUUUGACGAGGAUGGUGGUGGUACAGUCGACUUUCAAGAGUUUGUCGGUGGCCUAAGCGCGUUUAGCAGUCGUGGAGGGCGGGAAGAAAAAUUGAAAUUCGCGUUCAAGGUAUACGAUGUCGAUCGGGACGGGUUCAUUUCAAACGGAGAGCUCUUUCUAGUCCUAAAAAUGAUGGUUGGAAACAAUCUUAAAGACCAACAACUACAACAAAUCGUCGACAAGACGAUCAUGGAAGCCGACCUUGACGGCGACGGAAAACUAAGCUUCGAAGAGUUUGCCUUGACAGUUUCCAAUACGGACAUCGUCAAACAAAUGACACUCGAAGACCUCUUCUAAUCCCAUCCGAGCCCAUCACCCGCUCGGUCGUGUGCAUAGUUCGGUGUCCAUUACCCUUACCUCCAUCCAUACCCAUCUUAUACGCUCAUACACGGUCCCCCCCUUCCCAUCUCCAUCUUUGCCGUUUUUCCACGUCGAGGCUAUCGGAUCGCUGCUCUUUGAUUGUAAUUAUUGUACAGAUACUCAUCCAGGGACUAUUUUCCUUCU